AUGCAGGUGCAAUCAAAAGUGGAGGCUCAGGCAAAGGCAAAUGAAUCGAGCAACAACAAGGCCACUUCCACUUUCGAUGCUCCGGCAGAAACUCGAAAGGCGACGCUCAACCUCGACAAGGCCAUCGAAUACGAGCUCAAACACGGCCGCAAACUCGACCCCAGAAUGGAUCGCAAGAAGCUCAGAAGGACUGUAUCCAACAGGCUAUCUGCACAGAGGUCCAGAGUUAAGAAAGCUCAGUACAUUCAUGACAUGGAAAGGAGGGUCACUGAGCUUGAGGAUACAAUAACGGUUCUGACCCUAAGAGUGGAGAGGUUCAAAGAGAAGCGGAGAUUGCUGCAGCUGCAAAAUGAAGCACUAGAGCGGCUUGUGCAGAUUCGUCUCAAUGAAGCAAACCUUGCUCAAAUGGUGCUGGAGAAGAACAAGGCGGAAUUGGGUCGGCUUAAAGAAGUGGAGAAAGGUCUGGUGAAGGAGCUUCACAUUCAAGCUGCUGCUGCUUGGAACUGUGGCCAGCAAUCUAGCAGCGGCUUCUAUCAAGACGAACAACUUCUUCAGAAGCAACCUCAACUCCAAAUGGAUCCAUUUCUCAACUUUGAACCCUAA